AUGCUGCGCGCGGCGAGGCGGCGUCGGCGGCAGGAUACCAUGCGAGCGCGCCCGCCGCCCUCGCUUAUAAGAAGCUCCUGGCGAGCGGCGCCAUUUUAAGCCUCCCUCACGCUCGCUCUCUCGCCCGCUCGCUCGCUCGCUCUCGGUGCUCGGUGGCCGGCGGAGGAGGAGGAGGCGGCGGCGGCGAGGACGGGCGAAAGGAGCGCUCGCGGAGGCGCCUGCGUGGCCCGCGCUGCGGCGGUUAGCGAAGGGGGCGAAGGCGGCAGCAGCAGCGGCGGCGGCCGGGGGAGCAGGAGCCGCGAGGAGAGGAGGACCUUGCGCUCUCUCGCCUCACCGCCAGUGUUAGUACCGUUUCGGGGCUCCCGACUGUUCCCUCCUCACACGAAACUUGGCCUUGGUCCCAGCACUACUGCUUCUGAGGGGGGGGGGGGCGGGAAGAGUAUAAUGGUGUGUUGUUGGGGAGGGGGGUGAGGGAGGCUGUAUUUUUGCCUCAUAAAUUGAUUGGAUUUGGGGGGGAAUAGAUACUCCUGUCUUUAAAAAUCAAAAAGUGAGGGGACGACGACGGGGUUUUAUUCUUGGGGGGGGGGGUGGUGGCGGAAAAAUAAAGAAGGCAGAAAGCAAAGGAGACCCGGAAGGCGUUUCUGUAAUUUCGACGUUGCGUUGAGAGGUGGAAGGGGGGAUAGACACCCCCCAAUAUUUAAAAUGGGGGCACCGUUGGGAUCAGGUUGCGGGAAUGUUUUCUCUUUUCUCCCUCCCCCCCCCCCACUUCCUGUGUUAAGGGCGGAGCGCAACUUCUCGGGUUUUUAACUCGCAGCCUUGGCCACAAGGUGGGACCUCUCUUCCCUGUCGGCUCGGGUGAGGUCGGGACCGCGAGCCUUGGCAUGUACACCUCGAGGCGCGCUGGGGGGAGUGGGCGGGGAGGAGAGAGAAGAGAGAGAAAAGGGGCGAGCGCGCCGUAAGGUCCGAAACGUGCCACAAAAAGCGCCCGGGGGAUCGGGAAGGUGGGGGAUUCCUGCAGACGAUCCGGCCCGGAGCAAACGGCGUCUCGUGGUGGGCUUGUUUUCUCCGCCGAGGUCGUGGAGCGACUUGCUGGCGGGUUUUCGCCCCCGAGGCUCGGGUUAGGGGGAUGGUGGAGGAAGCGGGUGUUUGGGAAGGUAGAGGGAGGGGGGGCGAAGUCUCGGGUUAGUUUGGAUUGUGUGUAAUUAACUCCGCCGCCUCGCUGCAGUCAGCAGCACCAGAUAUCUGUUGCAUUGUGGGGUGGGUUUUUGUUUUUUUUGGCCUUGCAGGGCAAAGAGGCUCUUUUGAUUUGUCCAGGUCUGUGAAAAGUGGGGGGCGGCUCAGAUUCCCGCCGCUUUGGAUCCGAGUGAAGAAGCAAGGCGUGCCGGAGAUUUGGGCGGAUUGCAUAGGAGCUCUUUGCAAAACAUCUUGGGUGGCACAAGGAUCUUUGAGAAGGGUGGAGGCGACCUUGAUAAGGAAGGGAAAGUGCGCUGCUGAAUCUGGUGCGGGGGGACGAUGAAGGCUGUAGGCUUUCCUAAAUGUUCCAUUCGGGUCUCCCCUCGUGAAGAUGCUAAUUUCCCCUCCGGUGCCUGUUCUUACACCGAGGGGUGACUUAACCAAAUCCUGACACUGCUAACUGCCGCUGCCAUUUUUCUAGAUAGCAUUAGAAGAGAAAGUUGAUACCCCGUCUCUUGGAGGUUUGAGAAGAAACAGGCUCAACAAUAUUUAGAACUUCCAAAACUACUGUACGUGCUGGUGUUCUGUUGAUUUUAGGUAUUUGAGCAGGCAUUGCUUUACCAUCCUGCGUUUUCCUCUUUUUGCCUUCCAAAUGUGUACAAUGAAGUGUGUGGUAUGAGAAGUAUGUAGAAAAGAGCUUGUUUAAAAAAACAAAACCCAGUGGGAGCUUAAUAGCAGAGGUAAGCCCAAAAUACAUGACUGUCUUAUAGUUCCAGUUGGUUCAGGGCAUACUAAACUACUGUGAAGCUUUAAUGGUGUUUGGCAUUUAACUCCUUUGGGUUAGGCUCCUCCAUAAACAUUCUCCAUGCUUUUAAAUGUUUCACACAAGUAAACCUAGAGACCUAGUACAAUUGGCUGAGCACCCUCAAAACAUGACAUACCAGAAAACAAGCUGGGACUUGAGAAGGAAGGUUAAAAUGCACAUUCAUAACUUAUCUCCUCUUGGUUUCACAAAGAUUACAUAUGCCAACCAACUACAUCUCUUGGUCUUAAACUAACUGGCGUUAUUACUUAAGUCUUUCAACAAACUAUAAUUCUGUUUUGAAUGGAAUACAAAUCCUAAUUAAGAACUGCAACAGAAAUGGGGAACUUGUGCCCCCUCCUACAGCUCCCAUAAUCCCUGAUUAUUAGCCAUUCUGAGAGUUUGAGUUCAACACCUGAAGGGUCACAGGUUCCUCAUCCCUGAACUUCGUAUAUUAUGACAAGACAUAGUUUAGAAAAUUCUAAAACUGCAGGCAUUUGAACUUUGUGUGGCUUGGAGUAAAUUUGUAUAAAAUUAGGUUGUAAAUGCAAAGCUUUCACAAGUGUUUGGCAUCUAAUGCAACUUCUAAACCAGAGUGGGGGCAUGCUUGGAACAAAUUUGUAACUUGUAUCCAGGUAUUGAGUAGUUAAGACCCUUAUGACUGUAGGGCAUAUAUUCCAGUUUAAUGUUUCUGUUGAAGUUUAAAUUUAAAAUCUAGCAUGUUGUGGAGCAUCUCUGCCAUCUGAUCCAAUUCAGGCCAAGCCAUAACUUGUGCUAAUGUUAUAGAUGUGAAAAUCUAUAUGAGGGUGCACCUUCAAAAUACAUAAGUGUACCCUUGGCAGCUAAAUCUAGAGUUACUGGUCUAAGACACGAGCUUGAACAUCUCAAAAAUUUAAAGAAUAGUUAUUCUGUGGCCGUAGUGUGAAUGCUUUUGAGUGGCUAAAACUGUUCAGCAUCUGGGUAUUGAGGCUAAUAUUUUAAGAAGUGCAUUCUGAGUGGAAUGUCGUGUGGUACUCUGUAACAACUGUGUUGGCAGUCAUUACCUGUAUAUAACUUCAAAUUCUUGUACCUUUGCAUUGAUAGUCCAUGAGAUCUAAUUUGUUUGGGAAUGAAAGUUGAGUUGGGAUUUUCUUGGCUACCAUACUGAAUUGUCCCCAUUUAAAAAAACUAUGAGCUUGUUAUAAAUUGAGCAAAUAUUAAGUGCCUAGUCACUGUGCUUAAAGACUAUAGAUGUUGCCAUCUACGUUUCUGAAACUUCUAGCCCUCAUACAAGCUUCUGUGGUCUAAUGUUGACAACUUUUGAUCCGAUUUUGUAUAACUUCAAAAGGAAAAAGGCUGCUUUGCUUCUGUAGAAAUAACAUAUAUGAAGAAAUCACUGCAAUUCCAUAUGUAUACCUUCACUUCAUUCUGCAUAACAAACCUAUGUGGGUUUAUGCAUAACAUAAGUGAGCUGUUUCAUACGUAAAGUGAUUCCUGCAUUGGAAAAAUGGGGAACUUAAUUUAUUUUGAUAAAACCCUAAAUGCUGCAAAAAUCUUUACCUAAAGAAUAAUUGUUAUUGUUUGUAGUAAUUCAGGUGAGAGCAAGCAGUUAUGGCACAGCUGGUAUUUGAAUCUAAAUUUGCAGCUCUGCCCUGCUCUUUCCAACAGCCAAUACUGCAUGUACCAAAAGGGCGCCAUAUGGUACAUCUGGGUUACACUUGCUGCUCUUUUCUGGGAGGAUUAAAAAGUUAGGUGAUGGAUUUUAAGCAUUAGUGUGGCAUUUCAGCUUUUGAAGCAGAUUGUGGUUAGCAUGAACAAGUUUAUAGUGGAUAGUAGGAUAGCUAGUAUGGUGAUCAGAUGUGUAUACUGCCAUGUGAGUAUGCUUUCUAUAAAGUCAUGCUUCCAGGCCUAUAUAUUGAACCUUAAUGAAUGUAGACAUUUAUACAGUAUUGUGAAAAGCUGGGCUAGACAUUUAGUUAAUAAUAGUUGUCAGUAGAGCUUUGCAAACACAAUGUUCAAAUUACAGAUUCCUAAAAAUGUUUGGUGUUGGGGGGGAUAAUAUCGCAUAUUGGUUCUUAGGUGGGGUAAGUCUUAUGAACUAAUUCAUAACUUAAUUGGGAAAGUAAAGUACAGUACUAGUACUCUAUAGGUCAGUAGUUUAAUAUGCAAGAAAUAUAAAUAUUUUAAAAAGCAUGCAUAGCUAAUAAACAAUUGUGCUUUAAACAACUGAUCUAAAAUACUUGCAAGAUGGGGCUUGACAAAAUUAAAUGCAAGAUAUUAGGGUGUCAGUAAUUUUGCGUAAUAAUUCUUGGAUAUUUGUUUCUAACAGGUGUUUAAUCUAGGCCAAUCCUAGCUUCCUAUUGUUAAGUUGAGUUUUAACUUUAAACCUGUCUGUUAGGGUUUGUAACAGGAAAGUACAGCUGUCCUGAGUUUGAAUGCCUCAUUAUAGUUGGUAAUUCCAUUCCUAAACAUCUUACCAUAAAGUUGAUGCAUAGGUAGCUUAACCAGUUGUCAACAAUAAAUUGGAAAUAAAGGCAGAAUGGUGACAUUCGAAAUACUUUUAUGAUAAAGUAAUGAAUAUUUAUGACACAAGUUGAGGGAUAUAAUGUUCCACUAAAACGCUCUUGGUGUCUUUAGCAAGUAGUUGCAUGUUAAACUGGGAUGGUCAGUAAUUAAAGGCUGUAGGUGGAACUGUAGUGUAAGAGCUUACUGGAACAGCAGAUUCUGAGUGGAAGUCCUAAAAGAGGAAGAGGAGAAACUUCAUAGUAGCAGUGUUGGCAAAUUUAAAGAACUUGCUAUUCCAGAAUUCCUGUUGGUUUUAUAGGAAGAUACUAACACAUCCAUCCAUCGGAACUUCAGCCUUGAAACAUGUAGAGGUAUUUCACUGCAUGUCCAUGUGUUGUUGGUUGCAUCAUAUUCUAGUUCUUUGCAGCAUGACAGUAUUUUUGUAUUGUCAGAAACAUACUUCCUGCAUGCACAUUCAGUUCUGCAGGCAUACAUAAUUUGAGAUGGUCUUAAAUCAGGUGAGGAUCUAAGAUAGGAAUUAUGAGAGUUAGAAAUGUAUAAGCUUGCUGAAGGCAAUCAUACGGGUUUUUUUGUGGGGGUAGUGAGGGAAUGAGUGUAGCAUGCCCGGCCUGACUCAGCCAAGAAUUGAUCAGUGAUGUGUGUUUAAUUAGCAAGAAGUUGGUACAACUGUAACAUGACAAAUGCCACGAGUUAGUUCUUAAAUAGUGAAUUAAAAUUUUAGCAUAUAGACUCCAGAAAGUUAUCUGAACAAUGUUUCAAAAUAAUACAGCUGUGCUGAACAUCCAUAAGUUCUCUGGUCUGCAUUGCAAAGUAGAGGGGAGUUUAUGGUCUGUUAGUGAGGCAUCAUUGGUUAUUUCUCCAGUUGGAAUAGAAAUCUUGAUAGAUAAAGCAUUAACUGGUCUAUUGGCUUCAUUUAGCAUCAAACCGCUUACACUCAUGCAGCCAUCUUUCCAUGAAGGGCCUCUUACUAUGAACUGGCUCUCUAGCCUGUCAUAAAUUCAAUAUAUCACAGAAAGUUUCUGCAGUAACUAGGCAGACCAAGAACUUAAGUAGUUGUCAACUGCUUAAGAACUUCCCUGACCAAGAUUUUUUCCAACAUCCCUGAAGUGUAUUAAGUUAUUGGACUUGGUUUCUCUUCCCCAAGAAGACAUGGGCCUAGUUUGCACAAUCGGAUCCUAACUUAAUAAGCACCAUGCACCUACACGUAAGCAUUUCUGUUUCCACUUUGUGAGAACAGGAAAGCAAAUCAGGAACCUACAGUUAACCAUUGCUUCCCAUUGCAGGAUCUACUUUUAACAUGAAUUUUUCUGAAGAAAACCCCCAAUGAAUGUAUCCUGCUUUAUGAAAAACAAAUCUAGAAACGUGCACACUGCAUAGUAUACCUUCCGUCAAGCAAGUGUGAUUUUUUUUUUAACCCCCUGCCCCAAACCAGGCUUAGCGGCUUUCUUCUUUCACUUAGUUGAGUUUCUUAUAAGAAUAUAUUAAACUGGGUAUGAUGAUGAUGAUAAUAUUUUUUUUAUACAUACAUACAUACCCUGCCCAUCUGGCUGUGUAUAGACAGAACUUAAGGUGCAUCCAACUCACACACUGACAUAGUAGAAACUACUAUGCUCAAACAGGUCUGCUUGAUAGAAUGUUGCUACUUAAAUGUUAAUGCUGGUAUGCAUGAAUGGCACAACAUCAGAAGUAACCAUGUGGAUGAUGUGGAAGUGACCAUCUUCUCCUGUAAUUUAUUACCUGCAGGAAGGCUGGCUAACUUCUGUGGCCUGCUAAAGUUCUUCACCCUGUGAUACUGCACUUCCCCUGUAGGAGGAAAACAAUUUAGCUGAUAACACUAGACAAUUUGAUAGUUUGUUAGAGGAGAAGUUGUCCUUAAGUAAUUGGAGUUGAAAAUUAUAUUCCCAACUUCAGUUGCAGCUAGCCUAUUCAGACCCUCUGAGCAAAUUGUCUGAAUGGAUACCUGCAUGUGAGCACCCUCUCUAGUUGCAAUAGUUUCAUUUAAAAAUCAGGUUUUAUUUCUGGUCAUUAAAAAAAAUUUUUUUAAGGUACUCUGGGUUCUUUUGUAAUUUUAGUAUUAAAAUUUUGGACCUGUUUGGGCUAACAUGUUCCCAUGUGAUGGGCUGGUGGUAGUUAGAAUUGGGCAGUGUUUCUGUGAGGGAAAUUUCCUUGGUGUCUUAGGUUUUGCUCUUUAAACAGUAUACACUGCAGAGCUUGUUGAGUGUAAUAUUAAAGUAAAUUAAAAGAAAAAGAAUGCAAGUAAGGGCAUAGUUUUGUUAGUGUUCACCAGUUUUUCACUUGGGGGAGAGCUAGAACAGUACACCAGAGACUGCACACGGCUUCUAAUAAAAGGAGAGGGGAGAAAAUGCAACCUUGAAUUCUCAGGAGGAUAGGGAAAAGGAGUGUUUAAUCAUUCUAUUUUGCACUUGCAUAAUGUAGUGGAAGCAGUAUGUGUAUGAGGAACAAAAACACCUGCCGUUUGCUGUUUAAAACCAAAUAUUGCUUCAACUAAAGCUCUAGCUUGGGAGAAGGAAAACUAAUAUUUCCAGUGCAAGUUAAUUGUCUGGAAAGGACUCUUAUUUUGGUGUUUCAGAAGUAUUCAGUAAAUAUUUAUUACUCCUACAACAGGAAAAUAAUUAUUUGUUAAGUUACAUGUAAGUGUGGGGGGAAUGAAACCUACUCCUAGACAACUAAUACUGCAAGUUUAAACAUGGUGAUGUUGAGGCUAGAUAAACUUGCUUUCUUUGAAGCACUGUAAUAGAAAUUAGUGAGUCACUGGAGUAAUAGUAAACUUUCACCUGCAUAUGAUAGUAACUGAAUAUGUAGUAACAUUUUUUUCACUUCUCCAAAUGGCAGAACAAAUUUUCACUGAGGUCUUGGAGCUUUUAAGUUUCAAGAUUCAACACAGCAACACUGCAGUUCAUAGUGCUGAAAGAAUUAUGGAGGUGCCUGAGUCAAAUUUAUUUAUCUGAAUGCUGCCAGGUUAUUGUAAAUUUUUCUAAAGCUUUUUUAUAUGGCACAUAGUUCUAUUUUCAGAGAGUGAAGAAAAGGAUUAUGGCACGGUACCUCAGUCAGGUGUAUAAACUGUGUCGGUCAGUGAAUAUUUGAAAAAUGCCUGUUUAGAGUAAGAUACUCAGCUGAUUCACUGACAUAAGCAGCAUGCAGUCUUUCUUCCCUGCUAGUAGUGGGUAGACCAGCCUAAGAACAGGUAUGUAAUUUUCAGACCUUGUAAACAAGUAUAAAUAAAGACUUUAAAAUAAAGUAAUAGUAGUAGUCUUAUUGAAUGCCUUUUAUAUUGAGCUGCUUGUGAAGAUUGUUUGGAAACUGCAGCUGGGACAGAAUUCAGUGGUCAGGUUGCUAAGUGGGGCGAGGUGGUUUCAGCACAAUCCAGGCCCAGAACAAAGUUGAUUUUGAUCUGUUAAGUCCUGCGUGUCUCAGGAUCCCAAUACAUCAUGGACCGCCACUCCCCAUAUGGGCCAACCUGGACACUGUGAUCAUCUGAGGCCCUCCUUUGUCUGUCUCCUCCAUGGGAGAUCUGGAAGGUGGCAACACAAGAACAGACCUUUUCAGUGGUGGCUCCCGCUUGUGAAAUGCUCUCUCCUAGAAGGCUUGCCUGGUGCCGUCAUACAUAUUUUGUGUAAGUUUACAGAGCAACCCAUACUGUUCCAAGUGUGAUUGUACUAGUAGCAUGCACUAAAGAUUGCAGAUAUGGUUCUGGAAUUUGCUAUCAACAUUCGAGACAUUCAGAUUUCUGCAUAAAAGAAAAAAAGUUGCAAAUUUUAAGAGAAAAAGCUUUAAUCCAUGUAGCUUUCAGGGACCAAGCAGCAAAAGCAGCUCCCAUUUGGCCAUUCUUGUAACUUCUGUCUUUGGAAGAGUGCGCCAUGAGCACCUAUUUAGCUUUGGCUGGAAAGGCAUCAGUCCUAGAGAAGAAUGCUUACUUAGUUCGUGCCCCAUUCUGAGUCAGUAACAAAAUUAAGAAGAAACCUAGAGGAAUACAUAGGUGACUAGAUGGUUCUGAGUCAAUUUAGGUGUCAUUUGUUUUGGGAUGGACUAGAAGCUAGAAUUGUCCCUUGCUAGCAGUGCUAGAGGGUAGGUUUUUUUAAAUCUGUGCUUGCAUUACAUUUUGUCCCGGGUUGAUCCUGAGCCUGAAAAGAGGCUUUUAAAUAGCUUGUGCCUGUUGGAAUUUGCACCAGAUGGGCAUGCUUUAAAGAUACUGCUUUUUAUGCCAAAUAACACACACACAGACAAGUGGGCUGUAACUUGCAAGGCUGUAUGUACAUAUAAGCAGCUGCUUAAUUAGUGGACUUGUAAUAGAAAUGCAAUUUGUUGUUGUUGUUUAGUCGUGUCCGACUCUUCGUGACCCCAUGGACCAGAGCACGCCAGGCACUCCUGUCUUCCGCUGCCUCCCGCAGUUUACAUAAGGUUAUUUGCGCGUAGGAUAGAAGUUCAAAAUUUGAGCCUGCUGUAGAUGCAUUAAACCACAAUACCACAAACCAUCAGACUUCAUUUCCCUUGCACCCUAGAAUAGCAGUAGCUAUUCUAAAGUGGACAGCGUUGCCAGUGUAGUUUUAAUUUUCGAAACAGAUAUGUAAGCGAAAAACCUGUUUGUUGUAACAGGUAUCUCUGCUUUUGCCCCAGGAAAUGGUUAAAUGAUAAAACUCUUGUUUUCUUAAAACUAUGGCUGUCUAAUUUUAUAUUGACUCCUGAAUUGAGAGUAUUUCCAGAGCAUAUUUUGUAUACUGCCUAGAGGUUUUUACAAUCAAAUGGUAUAUAAAUUUUGUUUAAUAAAACAAUAAAAUAGAGCUGCUGUAGUGUAACGGAUAAAGAGACUGAGUUAUGAAUUUGAUAAGUUCCCACUUCUAAGUUGUCAUCUUGCCUCUGUUAUGAGCUCACUAGGUGGCCUUUAGGAAACUACUCUCUCUGCCUCAGUCCUAAUCUUAUGUGGAGGGAAAUACUGAUUAUGCAUUGUGAAUUAAACACUUUAGCACUCUACAGAAGUUCGUUAUUUGAUGCUACUAGUAUUGCUUAUUCCAUUAGUAUUUUAUAAUUGCCUCUCCUUUGGUGAAGCUGUGUAAACACAUGCUUGCAUUAAUAUUAUGGGUUGUGCUAAGAGCCCAAAAGUGCACUUAGGUACAAGUUUUUAGAUAAUCUGGUUGAUAGGUGCAUAUUGUUAGGCCUGUAGAACAAAUUCAUCUGCUCAUCUGCAAAAAUGUUUUCCACCAAAAUUUAGGAAGUCUGUGCUCUACUCUUAAGAAAAUAAGGUUGGUGGUAUAACCCAGACUCUUUCUAUGUGUCUCUAUGUAUAUACACACAUAUGAGCAUUAAGUCUUUAAUUAAGAACUUCAUAGCUUGCAAAACGCUACUGAAAAAGGGGUCUGCAUAUUGAACUGGCUGGUGUCCACACCUGUCCAUACGAAGAAUGGGACAUUGCAGUCACAGAUUGCCUGCCACCCAUCAGACUAGUGAGUCCAAUAUUAUCUGCAUUAAAACACACCAAAAAACAAACCUUGCAGUACUGCUGUGUGCACUGGUUCUUUGAUGCAAGUUGCUCUGCCUGUAUGUCUUGUCUGGUAAAGCUUCAUUAGUCUGCUUGUGUUCCAUUAUACGCCAUCUGAUAUGGAUUUCAUUAAUCACCUGUCUUGGGUUAAGAACCUGAAAGGUGCUAAUAUGAGCUAAUAUAAUCGCAUAAAAAGAUUUGUUGAAGCUAUGACUCCCACAUUACAGAGUAGCAUCCUUCUUGCUAUAAAGUGAAUACAAGUAAAACAAAUGUACCGUAAUUUCAUUAAUAUAUUUUCAUGCAUUGGGUUGCCAACAUGGCGCCCAAGGCAUGCAUGUGCCCAAAGGAUUUCCCCUCCCUGCUGAAACUAAGCUUUAUUAUAGCCAGUAGAACAGGUUGUGGCAUGUGCUUGGUUGCUGUGUGUGUGGUCCCCUUGACAGUUUCUGUACUUUGCAGAUGUGCCCAUGGGCUCUAAAAGGUUGGCUACGCCUGCAUUAGAAGUGUUCCUAAAUGUAACUGACUGCUUUGCACUGAAAGUGUUUAGGCUACUGCUUCAGUCAGGAUAUCUGCCUGAUCAACAACAAAUUUUGUUGAGUCUUGUUAAAGUACCCUGGGCUCAUCAGUUUUGAUUCUUUUGAAUAUGCUAUUAAGACUUGUAAACAUUUUAUUACUUGAGUUCACAACUAGAUUGAAAACAAUUUCAGUUUUUCUGCUGGAGAGUCUUAUUUAUAAGAGAACAUUAGAGGCAUGUGCUUUUGUGACUGUAGGUUAGUGAAGUGGCUAAUAAGCUGUUCAUUGGAACAACUAAAUUUCAUCGGAGCACAUUAGAUUUUGAAUUGUUGAUUUCUGAAGCAAAACAUGGAUGUACAUUCAGUAAUAGCUAGUAAAAUAGAAGGGGAAGAAACCUGUCUUAAAACCUGUUGGCUAUGUUAGGGAGAAAUGUGUGUAUGUUGUCUCGGAAGGAAGCAAGAUCUGUUUUUCUCAGGCAAAGUGUUUACUCAAGAGGUAUCAGAAGGAAAUGUUUCAAAAUUGAUGAAUGACAUAUAUAUAUAUAUAUAUAUAUAUAUACACACACACACACACACAUACAUACAUACAUAUAUGUAUAUAUAUAUGUAUAUAUUUGAGAACAGCUUAUAACAAUGUAUACAAGCCAUAGCAAAAAUUGGUACCUGAAGAGGUGGUGUGUAGGGAGAAGGGAUAAAUGUAUUUUGAAAUUAUAGUUAUCUGUUGGAACCAUACAUGCAGUUCUAUAAUGUAUACAAAAUUCUAUAAUGUAUACAAAAUUAUUUUGUACUAACCUUACUUGCACAUCUGGGGUGGGGGCUGAAACAGACUGGAGCCUUAGAAAAACAAAUGGAUAUUCAUGCUAAGGAAAUAUGAUUCCCAGACAAAGCAAAACUUCUGCAAACUUGUCUAACCCUACGGCAGAAAUAAUGUCUGCGUGAUAGAACCAGAUUUUAAAUUCCUUUGAAACAGCUUGGUAUUCAUAGUUGUAUUCAUAGCAGUGAUUUUGCACAGUGCACAGGACAUCUCCAGAGCAUCUAUGUAGACACUUUGAUCUCUGUUUAAACUUACAGGAUAGCUGCAGUCCUCCUUCACUUGAACUACCAGACAGUUCCAUGAAGGUGUGUUACACUAUUAAACCACCGUUCUAG